AUGCAGGGGGGUCCGCGCCUCACCCCGCUGGGAUUCGGAAAAGGGAGGGUGUGGCGGCGGCGCCAGGCCGGGCCCGGCGGCGCUUCCCGGGCCGGCCCGGCGGGGGCGCUGCGAGCCCGGCGUUCAUGGGGAGAGCGCGGCGGGCAGAGCGCGGCGCCUCCGCCGGCCCGGGCAGCCCCGGCGGCGGGGGGAGAGCGGGGCCAGCGCCUCCCGGGGGCUCGCCCCCGCCGGCAGUACCGCUCUGCGCCCCCCGCCCCGCGAAGAGUCGCCCUUCGACUACGAAGGGCUCUGUGCCCCCGCGGAGGAGCCGGCGCCGCCGUCGGCCCGGCCGUCCUGAGGGCGCUGGGGGGCAGCUACCGGGCCGUGCCCCCCGGGCGCGGUGCUUCUCCCUCGCCGGGGGCAACGGGGACAGACCCGUUUAAAAGGAAAGCAAAAGCCUUCGUGCGCCCGCUGCUGGGAGAGGCACGGGAGAGGAGGGCACUGCACACCGGCACCCUUGCUGGGAGAGGGUGCGGGAUCCUACCCUCGGCUCUCCCCCAGCACGAUCGUGUACCAAAGCAGCUACUCAUAGUAAACAGAUUCAUCGUGCGACAGAGCUCAGGAAGGUGACACAGA